GUGAUGCUGGAGAUGAUGGCGGCGGCCCAGGGCGGCAGCGGCUCGGCGGGCGGCCGGCUGGAGGUCUCCAUCGACGGCCUGACGCUGAGCCCGGACCGGAGGGACGAAGGGCAGAGGCGGCAGCAGGAGGCGGUGGUUGGGUGGGAGCCGAGUCGGGCUCCGGCCCGGCCCCGGGGGAUGGACGGGCCGCUGAGGGACACCCAGGCGCGGGUGGAGGCGAUGGAGGAGCGAUGGGGCUUCGUCCUCACCGAGCUCUACGGCCUGGCUCUCAGGUUCUUCAAAGAAAAAGAUGGAAAAGCUUUUCACCCAACAUAUGAAGAAAAACUGAAGCUUGUCGCUCUGCACAAACAGAUCUCUGUCGGCCCCUACAGUCCUGACUCCUGUCCGGAGGUUGGCUUCUUUGAUGUUCUUGGCAAUGACAGGAGGAGAGAAUGGACUGCCCUGGGGAGCAUGAAGAAAGAAAAUGCCAUGGUGGAAUUUAUCCAUUUGGUGAACAAAUGCUGCAAUCUGUUUGAACCAUAUGUCACCUCUCAUAAAAUAGAGAAGGAAGAGCAGGAAAGGAAGAGGAGAGAAGAGGAGGAGCGGCGCCGUAGGGAGGAGGAGGAGCGGGAGCGCUCGCGGCAGGAGGAGGAGAGGAAGCAAAGGGAGGAGGAGGAGAAAAGGAGGCGGGAGGAAGAGGAGCGGAGAAAUCUAGAGGAAGAACGGUUUCGAAUGGAGCAACAAAAGCAACAAAUCAUGGCUGCCUUAAACGCGCAGACUGCAGUGCAGUUCCAGCAGUAUGCAGCCCAGCAGUAUCCUGGCAACUUCGAGCAGCAGCAACUCCUGAUUCGCCAACUUCAAGAGCAGCACUAUCAACAGUACAUGCAACAGCUGUACCAGGUGCAGAUAGCACAGCAGCAGGCAACACUACAGAAACAGCAGGAACCAAUAGUAUCAACAACCCACAUUGGGAUUGGAGAGGUCCCAACAGUGAACGGACAGACAGCCACACAUACAGACAGCUCAGAGAAAGAGCCCGAGCCAGAAUCUUCAGAAGAAGUACUGGAAAAUGGACCAAAAGAUGCAACUCCAGUGAUAGCAGCGCCAUCCAUGUGGACCCGACCACAAAUCAAAGACUUCAAGGAGAAGAUCCGACAGGAUGCUGACUCGGUCAUCACGGUGGGCCGGGGAGAGGUGGUGACGGUGCGGGUGCCCACGCACGAGGAGGGCUCUUACCUCUUCUGGGAAUUUGCCACAGACAAUUAUGACAUAGGUUUUGGCGUGUGCUUUGAAUGGACGGAUUCUCCGAACACCACUGUGAGCGUGCACGUCACCGAGUCCAGUGACGAUGAAGAGGAUGAUGAAGGGAGCCCCAGCGAAGCAGAAAAGGCCAAGAAGGGCGCCAGCAAAGUUCAGGUAGAUGAGGUGGUGCCGGUCUACAGACGCGAUUGUCACGAGGAAGUCUACGCCGGAUCCCAUCAGUACCCAGGCCGAGGGGUCUACCUCCUGAAAUUUGACAACUCCUACUCACUGUGGAGGUCAAAAACCGUUUACUACAGAGUAUAUUAUACCAGAUAAAACCAAGCUUCACCAUC